AGAGGGGUGUGCACCUGCCCUGUGCUCAAAAGUGCUCCGCUGUCAAUACCCCCAAUCACUUUUCUAUCACAGCUCCAUGGUGUUGGGAUUUGUUUUGUUUAACUUUACAAUGAAAUUGGCAGUCAGCACUCUGAUCUUCUACUUGUCUUUGACCAUAGGGAGAUGCACUGAAGAAACAAUACAAGACAGCACUGCCCAGCAGUCAGUGUUACCAGAGGAAAGCUCUUUUUCUGACUGGGGGAUCGGGACCAUCCGGGAUAGCUUUGAAGCAGUUAAUGGCUAUUUAGACUUUGUCUCGGAGCUGCUAGGAGGGAAGAAUGGAGUCUGCCAGUACAGAUGCAGAUAUGGGAAAGCACCAAUGCCCAGACCAAAUUACAAGUCUCCAGAACCAAAUGGCUGUAGCUCCUAUUUCCUGGGUCUCAAGGUACCAGAAAGUCUGGACAUGGGCAUCCCAGCCAUGACUAAGUGUUGCAACCAGCUGGAUGUGUGUUAUGACACCUGCGGUGCCAACAAAUACCGCUGUGAUGCCAAGUUCCGCUGGUGUUUGCAGUCCAUUUGCUCUGACCUCAAACGGAGCCUUGGCUUUGUCUCCAAGGUGGAAGCCUGUGAAUCAGUAGCUGAUACGGUAUUCAGAACAGUCAGGACUCUGGGCUGCCGUCCCUUCAUGAACAGCCAAAGAAGUGCCUGCAUUUGUAAUGAGGAAGAACGCGAUGAAUUGUGAGGUGAGCAUCAAGCUCCCUGACAGUGACAGCUCUGGCUUUGCAUGGCCCUUGGCUAGAAGAGGUUCAGCCUUCUAUCCUCAAAACAGGUGCAAUUUUGACAACUGUGAAAUUCAGGGUGCGGUUGACUACUACCCGAAAUGCAUUAAUUUGCAGCUUGUAAAGUAAGAUCGGGAUUGGAAUGGAAAGUGGGAAGAUGUCUCAGCCCGACACCCUUGUCUGUUCCAUCUGAUGACUUUUAUCACCUUCUUAGAACAACCUGCUUGACUUAAUGCCAACCCUCCAUGGAGACCGACUGAGAUGUGUAGACAUAACAAAGGAUACAGACAUUGUGGGAUGAGGGUGUUGAUAACCUCUGCAACAAAUAUAUGCAUCACAAACCUACCACUUUUGCCAGGGACUUGCCUCUGCCAUAGUUUUUCAAAUGCUGCAGAGCCACCCCACACUAGUGGAAAAACAAUCUGGGAUCACAGCACUGCUUAACAGCACAUAGAAUGUGAAUUUGAGGAAAUUUUCCUUUGCAGCAAAAAAGGAAGAAAGACAAGUCUUAAAAUGGUCAUUAAUUUUAUUUCCAUGAAGACAUAAAAUCACGUUUAAAAAACCACAUUAUGUACCCCCAAAACCAACAAGAAAGAAUCAAUGUUAUACUGAGUGUGAGCAAAGUUUAACCUUCAGGCAGUUGUAAAACUAACUUCUAUUAAAUUACAUAUAUAGUUCAAAACAACAUUAGAGAUUGCCAAUAACAUUUUUGAAGGUCAGUUCUAGCUACUUAUAAUUACUAUUAUUUUACAACAUCAGGUAGUAUAACCAUAUAUAUAUUUAAAAUCACUAUUCUUCCAAAAUGUAUCCCUUAGACAUUGCAGAUUACUGCAUUUUGUGCUUUUGGUUUUUAUCAAACUGUCAUUGUUCCAAAUAGAAAUGUCACUCACAUUUUGCCCAUUUUGAUUGUGAAAAAAAUUUUUUUGGUUAAAAAGCACUGAAAUUCCUAUUCAAAGCAUAACCUGCUGCAACUAAAUCUCACUACUGAACUUGUGAUUUUCUGAAACUCUCCAAGUUCUUGCAUUGCAGUAAUAGUGCCUACAUUGUUUGAAUACACUAUUGCACUAUACUUGCCUUGCGUCUUUGAUUCUUCCCCAUGACCCCAUAACUAAAGCACAUUUCUUCCCUGUUUUCACACGGCAUGCUAUUCUGAGAUCUGUGUACCCUCCCUCAAGAGGAAUGCUUGCUGUGUUCUUCAGUUUGCUAUCCUGUCAACAUCGUUUUAAACUGUUCACUAUAAUUGUGCAUGACAACAGAACAACAGCUGGCUGAUCAAAAAAAAAAAAAUGCACAAGCUAAAUGCUCUGUGAACCAAGAAAGGGUUAAAAGGAACACCAGAAGGAUAUCAAAACUUGUCUGGUAUAAUCCAUGGUACAGCUUUUACCAACACCUAUUUGGCAAGCUAAAAUAGGUGUCAUUUUGAUCACUGUAAUCAUCAGCAUUUGCUUCCAAACAUCCCCCCCCCAUCCACAGGUGAUAUACUUUGGAUGCAUACUGUACAUGUCUGAAUUAUUGCCGAGAAAGAGUGCAAACUGGGCUUUAGACUUGCAUCUACUCCUUUCUCAAAGAUCCCCCAAAUUUUAGAGAGAAAGUGCAGUGACAACUUCUAGGGGACAGAAUAAGACCCAGUGUAAAAUCAGGACUAUUUUGGUAGAUUCCCAAAUUCACCCUCAAAGUAUUUUUUAAAAAAAUACUGUAGAAAGAACAAGAACUAAAUGUCACUGUUUCCUCUUCAGUAAAUUCAGUAACUCAGAACCAUCUUGUCAGCUUCAGUGGUUACACUGCCAUCUUUUACAGGCAAGGUGAACUCAGCCAUGCUGACAUUUGGAUAUGUGCAUGUAAAUGUGAUGUUAUAGAAGGUCUCAGCAAUUCUCUGGAUUGCAAAUUACUGUGUCCUUGGCUCACCUCACUCUUGGAAGAUUUCUUUGUGAUGUCUAAUCUUUCCAUAAGUUGAAAUACAGACUUAAAAAGUUUAUUUUUUGCACUGCAGUUUCCAGAAUUCUGUAAGCUGAAGUCCAAAAAAAGGAACUUUUCUGUUGAAACAAGUGGUUCACAAUGUCCAGAUCUACCCAAACCAGUUGUGUUGAUUUCAGCACUUAACAAAUGAUAAAGUGCCAGUUUAAGCUGGUGGUAUAUUGCAGGGCUGGGGAAACAGUUGCCUUCCAGAUGUUCUUGAACUCCAGUUAUACCAGUUAUAUAUCUCUCCUAGCCAUCUUGGGCAAUGGUGAAACAUCUGGAUGGGCCACAAUUUUUCCAUUUGUGGGUAACUCUAACUAGUGUCCCUUAAUUAGGACCUCUUUCACACAACACAACAGUAGUACUAUAAUGCUGCUUUAAUUUGCCAAGGCUAUAUCCUAUGGAAUUGUGGGAUCUGUAGUUUUCUGAUGUAGUUAGGAUUCUCUGCAAGACUUUUCUUGUUGUUGUCUACCUUCAAGUUGCUUCCGAUUGAUGGUGACCCUAAGGAGAACUGCUUUAGGGUCUCCUUAAGUCAGAAAUGACUUGAAGAUGAACAACAACAACAACAUCAAGAAGAAGAACUCUCUGGAAGAAAAUCCUAACACCAGAAAACUACAAAUCCUGAAUUCUGUAGGACGUAGCCAUGUCAAAAUGGCAUUAAAGUGCUAUUAGCAUGAAAGAGACCCCAUCGACGUCCCACAUCUCAGUGUAGCCUUGUAAAACUCAGAACUCCUAUUUAUAUGGAACUUUGAUUAUCUAAAUAUUCUGUAUGCUUUUUGAAUAAAUCAUUUCUAACAGAA